AUGGUGCGACAAGGAUUGGUUUUGUUAAAACAACGUGGACUGGGACACAGGCGGCCUCUAAAAUUAAAAAACAGCGUUUCACAUGGUAAAAAGGCGGUCAAUCGGGCUCAGUGUGUUCCGGAAAUGACGUCACUAAUGGCAUGUUGGAGGUCGACUAAAUUUAAUGACGAAAGUUGUCGGAAGGAGAUCGAGAUGUUUAUCAAAUGUGCAGAGGAAGCCGAAGGAGCACGGCAGGUGCAGUCAAGAGAAAAAGUUGUAACACGAGAUCAUUUCGGGUAUUGGCCACCAGACGUAGUAAACAAGAUGCUAAAGAAGAUACCGAGACCGUAUUAG